GUUCAGUCAAGUUUUGAGCCUCAGCGGCAACAGUACAUACAAGAGAUGGCCAAACGGUAUAGCCAAUCGAUAAUGAAUUACUCCCUGAUAUUGGCCAUUGUGGUCCUGAGCCUGUGCCUGGGUCAUUUGCAGGGGGCUGCCAUUCUUUGCGGUUCGGAUAGUGAAGCUAGUGUAGCCUCAAAAUCUGUAGAGGAAUCGUUAGAUUCAACAGUGGUCACACCCACCAAAAAGCCAAGUGAACUAAACAAAUUGUUGCACACAGUCCAAUGCAGUUUGGAGAAGGCUAAACCCUGGAUAGAGAACAUUGAGAAGGAAGCCAAAAAUUUGGAGGAGACGGCCAAGCGUGUGGGACUUCGGAUUGUUCAUAGUUUUGGCGACAUAAUGGAUUCAUUCCUGGAAACAGUUGGCCAAAGGAAACCGCUGACCAGCACCACACAAAAGCCUGAAAUUGAAGAAUUCAGUGUUGGAGAGAGUUCCAGUCCAAGCUCCAGUGCCACUGCCCCCUCAUCCACUGCAGAGAGUGUUACAGUGGAGUCGACGGAGUCGCCACUGAUCAAUGCCAACGAUGCUGAGAAUGAGAUUCUUGGCCUCAAAUAGUAUCUUUUGGAUACUUUUUUGUGCAUUACCAUUUAUCUAGUAAUUGUAUAUUAUUUAUUUAGCCAUAGAUCAAGUUUCCCAAGCUUAGCCAAUAAAUGCAAACCGAGAGCAAAAGAAAGAGAAAAAUUAUGGGUGGAAAGACAGAGAGAGAGAGAGAGAGAGGUAAAUGAGGCAAUUGAAGCUUUUGAGACAAAAGCUUUUAUUUCUCCCUCCCUCAGAAACAUGAAACAUUUCAAAUCGUUUUGUUUGUCAGCUGUUUAUAAUUCUCCUCAAUUUCGGGUUCAAUCAUGUGAUCCCCAUAUGAGUCAUAUAGUUUAGAUACAAUAGAUACAACUUCUGGUCACUCAGAUUGCGGCUUUAAUUGAAUAAUAAAUAAAUUCAAAAACGUAAACAUAGUUUAGAUUCAUCCCAUAUUGAGUCAUAUCCUAAAGAUUGACAUUAAUUUCAAUGACUUGCGACAAAAACCAGACGAUCAUUUUUCAUCAUUAGGAAACUGAAUGGGAAAGAAAGAAACUCUUUACCUUUUCCUUAAAAGUAGAUACCGAAUGAAGGACAUAGCAAUUGUCAAUUACUAUUAAAGCUAUCGAGAGUCUAGGAAAUUAAAUGACUUCUUGUAGAAAGAAACUAUAUUUGGCCAAAAUCUAUGCCAUCUCAAUAAAUGAAUAUGGGUAAUGGUGGAAAGAGA